UAAAAUCUAAUUAUAUCAUUGUUAUAUUCAUUUUAUUGCAGGGAAGGUACACCUUUGAGUGCCAAAAGAAACUUGUAUUAUUUGAAUUAGGUGGAGGACCACCUUGGGACGUUCACUGACGAAUACUUCGCAGAAAAAAAAUUUAGAUAGUCAUACCGUUCAUAUUUCCUGGAAUCUUCUGACUCGAUUGGAUAACAUUUUUAAUCAUGAAGACAGAUCUGAUUCAGCAUGAUGAAAUGUUAGACAAAACUGUUUGGGAUAUGGCUUUAGAAACAAUUAGCGAACCGGAUCAGGAAGAUCCUUUUUUCAUCGUCGAUUUGACGGACAUCGAGCGAAAAUACAAGCUGUGGAAAUUAAAAAUGCCAAGAAUAACUCCAUUUUAUGCUAUGAAAUGCAACGAUUGUCCUGGGGUACUUCAGUAUCUUGCAUCUAUGGGCGUUAAUUUUGAUUGUGCUAGCAAAACUGAAAUUGAAACUGUGAUUAAUCUUGGAGUUGAUCCUUCGCGAAUUAUAUACGCUAAUCCCUGCAAAACUCGUUCUUUUAUUAAAUAUGCUGCAGCCGUUGGAGUGAAAAUGAUGACAUUUGAUAAUGAGAUCGAACUUUAUAAAAUUAAAUCUAUUUUUCCCAAUGCAGAAUUAGUAAUUCGUAUUAAAGUCGACGACAGUGAUUCAAACUUCAAACUUAGCCUCAAAUUUGGAUGCGAAAUGAAGCAAGUGGCUCAGCUGUUGAAAACUGCAAAAAGUUUAGAUCUUAAUGUGAUAGGAGUGAGUUUCCACGUUGGCAGCGGAUGUCAAAGUUCUUCAGCUUAUCCCAAAGCAAUAGCUGAUGCUAAAGAAGCAUUUGAUAUUGCUAAAGAAAUUGGAUACAAUUUCUAUUUGUUGGAUAUUGGUGGAGGAUUUCCUGGCAUGAAAACAGAACAAAAAUAUUUUGAAGAGAUUGCUGCGGUAACUUCUGCCACACUAGACGCAUACUUUCCGGAAGGAUGCGGGGUUCAAAUUAUUGCCGAACCGGGUCGCUAUUUUGUUGCUUCUGCAUUUACUUUGUGCGCUAAUAUUAUUGCUAAGAGAGACAUGAUUGUUUCUGGACAAAACGGUGACGAACCAGCUUGCAUGUAUUAUUUAAAUGAUGGAGUUUACGGUAGCUUUAAUUGUGUUUUAUACGAACCUACAGAAUUAAUUCCAUAUCCGUUAUUGCUGGAAGAAAAAGAGAGAAAAAUGGUGAAAACCAGCCUGUGGGGUCCAACUUGCGAUAGCAUUGACAGAAUAAUCGAAAACUGCUAUCUUCCCGAAAUGGUUGUAGGAGAAUGGUUGUUGUUUGAAAAUAUGGGUGCAUAUUCUUUAACUUCUGCUACCACUUUCAAUGGUUUUCAGAAACCAAAAGUUCAAUAUAUCAUGCCACUUUAUGCAAGGGUUUUCCUUCAACAUUUUCCUACCUUGGCAGCCGGAAAGUAUCUUCACGCUCGUCAUUCUGAGAUCGACGAAGAAUGCGACGCGCUGGUGUCUUCGGAUCUCCAUUCCUUAUUGGUUCCUCAGCCGAUCGCCGUUUAAGGACCUUCAAUUUAUUUAAUUUUUUUUUCUAGAAAUUUUAUUAUAUUUACAUUCCACAAAUUAGACCGGAAUCACAUUAGUAAGUUAAUCGAAGAAAAUCAACUUGGAAGCUUCCAGGAAAUAAUUACGAAUGGGAUCAAGUAUGGCUAUCUGAUUGGUGAUAAAUAUUUUAUUGUGCAAAAGUUUUGAAUAAA